GCGUUGGAAACCCGUAAGAACGCCAUCUUCCGCACAUCACGCACACGGGAGAGCCACGAUCCCCUGGACGGAGCAGGAAUUCGUCCAUUUCCCCCUUAAUUUUAAGUUAGGUAACACACCCCCAGUAGGCUGCAAAUCAUGGCAGAUAAUGGUGAUAUAAAACCAGAAGAGAUGGAACAAAGCCAGGGAGAUGGUGGUGCUGAGGAGCCCAUGGAGACUGAGUUUGAAAGAACAGACAAAUAUGACAGCUACCUGGGAAUGGGCUUCACAGAGAAGGUUGCUUCCGAACUGGACAGGUUCUUUGCAAAAGGAAUCCUUUCUGGUGAUGAUGCACUGGAUGAUAGAGCGUUUGAGGCUCUGAAAGAACUUGACGAGACAUCUAGGCUCGGAGUCUUGAAGCAGUUUGGUGAGAGUGACUUGUCCCAUGUCACUAACACAAGUGCAUUCCUGUGUGGGGUCAUCAGGACAUACAGACAGAAGAGCAGAAUGAAGCAGUCACAGGGUGGACAAGAACCCAAGGGUCCAGAUGAAGCUAAAAUUAAGGAAAUCCUUGCCAGAACAGGUUACUCACUUGAUAUCACAUUAGGACAGAGAAAGUCCAGUCGUCCCAAACCUGAAGAUGUUGAAACGUUACCGCCACCCGCCCAAGGUUCAGAGAUCUUCAUUGGAAAGAUCCCAAGGGAGAUGUUUGAAGAUGAACUCAUUCCUCUGUUGGAGCAGUGUGGUGAUGUGCAUGAUCUGAGGUUAAUGAUGGACCCACUUACAGGCCAAAACAGGGGUUAUGCAUUUGCAGCAUUCACUACCACCGAUGGUGCCAAGGAAGCUGUCAAAAAGCUCAAUGGAUACAAAGUCAAAGAAAACUGGCAAAUCAGUGUGAACAUCUCAGUACCGAAGAGUAGGCUCUACGUCGGCUCCAUCCCCAAGAACAAGACCAAAGAAGAGAUCUUGGAAGAGUUCUCCAAAGUUGAAAAGGGUCUGAUGGAUGUCAUCAUCUACAAGACAGAAGACAAGAUGCGCAAUCGUGGUUUUGCCUUCCUCGAGUUUGACUCCCACAAAGCAGCUGCAAGUGCGAAGAGGAAACUUCUCUCUGGAAGGGUCAAGGUCUGGAAUCAAAUCAAUGUCAAUGUAGACUGGGCUGAUCCAGUGAUUGAGCCAGACUCCGAGACUAUGUCGAAGGUGAAAGUUGUGUACAUCAGAAAUCUUUCUCAGGAAUCAACAGAAGCGAAGAUUAAGGAAGACUUUGGUCAGUAUGGUGAGGUUGAGAAGGCCAAGAAGAUGAAGGAUUACUGCUUUGUUCACUUCAAGGAAAGGGAAGCAGCUGUCAAGGCGAUAGAGGAGAUGAAUGGGAAGGAGUAUGAAGGAACCACGAUAGAAGUGUCUCUUGCCAAACCACCUCAGGAGAACAAGAAGAAAAAAGAAAGAAUCAUGAGGCAACAAAAUCUUGGAGGAUUCGGCUUUGAAGGGUACUCGCCUCGAGGUCGUGGUGGUCCACAAGGCGGCCACCGUGGUCGUGGAAGUGGAUAUGGUGGUGGAGAUCGCUAUAGGGACUAUGGUGGCUAUGAAGGUUAUGAUGAUGGAUAUUAUGGUGGCUACGGGGGCGGUUAUGGUGGUGGACGUUAUGAAGCAGACAGCUAUGGAUACGGUGAAGGCUAUGACGGUUACUAUGGCGGCGGAGCAGGAUACGGACGUGGACGUGGCAACAGAGCAAGAGGGAGGGGCAUGGGAAUUCGAGGAGGGCCCAGUACACAGAGGGGUUUUUUACGGGGAGGUGGGGCCCGAGGUGGCCCCAGGGGAGGGCGCGGUGGUCCCAGGGGUGGACGUGGCAACCGGGGUGGCCGAGGGGGGCGAGGAGGUAACAUGGGUGGCAAGAGGAAAUUAGAAGGACAAUUGAUGGGGGACCCAAAGCGACGCAACACCCAAUCUCAGUGGGGAACGCAACCCAUUGCCCAACAGCCUCUUGAUCAGGGAUAUGGUUAUAGUGACUACAACAACUUCUAUGAUGACCAGUGGUCAUCGGACAACUACGGGGCUGGCAGUUGGAAGUAGAUGACUUCAUCUGCAGGACCAUAAAGUAAAUUUCCACUGGAAAGGGUGGAUGAGACCUGUCUUCACUUCACGAUCAGUACAGGUAAAAUCUCAAUGGGCUGGGAACAUGGACUUUGUCUAUUGUAAAUAAUCAACUAGAAUAUACCUCUCUCAGAAUGCUCAUAAAGUGCCCAAUUCUUUUUAGCUUACUCAAUUAUUUGCGAACUACAAAGGCACGUGCACUGUCAACAUUUUAAAUAAUCUGGAAAAAAAUAAUAAUUCAUUGUAUUGAAGUUUGUCUCAUUUUGGAUGGUUAUGAAAUAUGUAUGUAAGUUUCAUGUAGGUAAUCCACUAGAAUUGGAAUUGGAAAAAUUUAAAGGAAAAACAGAAAAAAAGUUGGUUUUCAAAGUUCUUUGGUCUUUUUAACUAUUUUGUCUUAAUGUGUAACUGUUGAAAAUUGUCUAAAAGUGUGUACAUAGAAACCACUCUAGAACACCUGUGUAUUGUUAUGAAUUGUUUUGAAAAGAAUGAAACAUUUUUAUGGAGAAAAACGUUAAAUGACAUUGAUAUGCAGUAUUCAUUGACCAGUGCAGUUUGCAGGUUUGUCUCCUUUAGAAGAAAUAUUUUUACAUUUCAGACUCAAAUAUAAUGCUUUGUACAUUUACCUUCAGUGUUAUUCUGUACAGAUAAAGGCAUAUUUCAAGUUUGUUAGUAGCAGUCAAAAUGGGCUAGCAUGUAGACAUUAGUGUUCAGUGCAAAACUGCAAAUGUUUCUAUAUUCAAUUGAUAGAUUUUAAAUAUGUCUGUUUUUAUCAGAACACUCAUACUUUACAGCAGUGGAAAUCAUGUUUUGUCGUCCUGUCCGAAAAUUGUGACUCUCGUGUAGAUAUCCCUUGUUCUUGGCAAAAUUAAUUAUGUAGUAGCAAAAGUCCUAAGUUUUUGAUAUUCAUUAAAGUUGACCAUGUACAGAAUUUACAAAA